GAAGGGAUCGGUCACCAUCACACGAGUGAGCGCCGGAGCAGGGGCCGUGGUUACGGGCGCCGCCGUUCGCUCAUGUCGUCGAAGAGGACGGUGCUGAGGGUGGACACCUCCUGCGGCAAAUGCAAGCGCAAGGUCCUGCUCGCCGUCUCCAGCCUCCAAGGUGUGGACAAGAUCGAGAUCGACUCGGAGAAAGGCACGAUGACGGUGACCGGCGGCGUGGACCCGGUGGACGUGGUGGAGGCCACGAGGAGGAAGGCCUGCAAGCGUGCUGAUAUCGUCACCAUCGGUUCAGCGGCGACGGUGCCGCCCAGCUCCAAGCCGGAGGAGAAGAAGAAGCCCGAGCAGAAACCGCAGCAGCAGCAGUGGGAGGAGAAGACGUACAUGGUGGCCGCGGCGGCGGCCGAGAGGAGGGCGCCUGAGCCGCCGAUGACGCUGUACGUGCACCACGUCCCGCCGCCGCACUCGUGGCACCCCGCGUACGAUCAGCACGGCGCCGUCAUGGGAUACCAGCAGGACCCCUGCUCCAUCAUGUAGCUAGUUAAUUAAUCGUUUGUUCGUGCCAUAUUUAUUUCUUAGUAGGAGUACUAGUAGUUGAUUACUGAUAUACUACUACUAGGUAAUUCGACCCCGGAUCCUCGCGUGAGCUAGCAUUCCACGGUUCUUUUCCCUCGGGAAAAUUACUUGACCUUUUUGAAUAAUCCACCCACUUUUACGAA